GGGAAGUGAUUCGAACUCUUUGCAUGCUGUACUCCUAAUGCAAUGCAAUUGUGCAUAAACAAACAUAUAUGAAAGCAUACCGAUAGACUAUUAUGAUUAAUAAGGGUCCCUUAUGGAAAAGAGUUCGGUCCUACGCUGGACCUGUUCCGAGGGCGAGGCACGGGCACCGAGCCGUGGCCAUCCGAGAGCUGCUGGUUGUGUUUGGAGGUGGAAACGAGGGAAUAGCGACCGAUCUGCACGUUUAUAACUCAGUGACCAAGCAGUGGUUCCUGCCAGCAGUGAGAGGGGAUAUCCCACCUGGCUGUGCCGCUCAUGGCUUUGUUUGUGAAGGCACACGGAUAUUGGUGUUUGGAGGAAUGGUUGAGUUUGGCCAGUACACCAACAGUCUCUAUGAACUGCAGGCCAGUCGAUGGCUGUGGAAGAAACUAAAGCCCCGUCCACCAAAGAACGGAUCACUUCCAUGCCCAAGAAUUGGCCACAGCUUCACUCUUCAUGCUAAUAAGUGUUACCUUUUUGGAGGAAUGGCCAAUGACAGCGAGGACCCAAAUGGAAAUAUACCACGGUAUCUGGAUGACUUCUAUGAGCUGGAGCUGCAGGCCCAAUCUGGUGUUAAAGGCUGGAACAUUCCUGAAACUAAAGGUGGAGGCCCAUCAGCAAGAGAGUCCCAUAGUUCUGUGGUGUACUGUGGAAAGGGUGGCAGUUCACCGAAGCUUUACAUCUUUGGGGGCAUGUGUGGUGACAGACUGAAUGAUUUGUGGCAGUUAGACAUUGAGACUAUGACUUGGUCAUUGCCUCCAACCAGAGGUCAACUGCCACUACCCAGGAGUCUGCACACCUCCAAUGUGAUUGGAAACAAGUUAUAUGUGUUCGGAGGCUGGGUUCCCAUUGGAGAAGAAGAAGAGGCACUUGCCGCAGAUGGAGUCAAGUGGAUCUGCACCAACUCUCUUUCCAUGCUAAACUUUGACACGCUGACAUGGCAUAACCUGACACCUGAAGAGCACCAGCAGGGAUUGAUUGAACAGGACGAAAGCAAUGCGGACUGGCCGAAAGCACGCGCCGGGCACUGCGCGGUUACAGUCGGCUCUCGAUUAUGUGUCUGGAGUGGCCGAGACGGAUACAAAAAGUACAAUAACUAUCAAGUGUGCUGCAAAGAUCUGUGGUACUUGGAAACAGAGAGGCCCUCCACCCCUGGCGCAGUGUUUCUUGUGAAGUCCACCAUCAGCAUGCUGCACGUCGCCUGGCGGCCCUUGCUUGCAGCUGAGUGUUACCUGCUUCAGUUACAGCCAAUCACAUCUCAUCAGUCCACUUCAGCUGAACCACAGACGGCACCGACUCCCCCACCAGAGCCAGGCGACAGAAGGGAAUCUGUACAGAAAGACUCCAAACAAAGUGCAGAUGUCAAAAUUAAAAGAGAGAAAGACUCUUCAUCGCAGGAAAGCCUUUUAAGGCAGAAAGAAAAAGGCGAGGAUGGGGGAGACAUCCAAACAACAGGGCGAGAUAUUUCUCCGGAACCAUCCAAGCAGCCUGAGACCACAAAGGAUUGGUUUGACGUGGGUGUGUUUAAGACACUGUUCUGUGAGGUUACACACUACUUCCUGCCUUCUGAGAACGGCAACAUGGCAUCAGCGCUGUCUGCUCAAUACGCAUCAUCUGACACCGAGUGGAAGUUGCCGGGCCCUCAUAGUUUUACAGGUUGCGAGAAGCAGGAGUUGAACUCGGGAAUCACAUACAGGUUCAGGGUGGCCGGACUGAACAGCUGUGGUUUGGGAGACUUCAGUCCCAUCAGUGAGUUCAAAACCUGCCAGCCUGGAUUUCCUGGCGCACCAUCUGCUGUCAAAAUCACUAAGGAUACUGACUCUGUGCACAUCUCCUGGGAGCCUCCGACCUCUGUGUCCGGGAAGAUCAUGGAGUAUUCGAUGUAUCUGGCUGUGAGGAAAAGUCGAGGGAACAGCAUGGUGGAGCGUCCGGGUGAACUGGCCUUCAUCCGAAUCUACCGGGGGACCAAGACUUCAUGCACGGUCACCGAAGCCCAGCUGAGCAAUGCACACAUUGACUGCUCUGCACGGCCUGCCAUCGUCUUCAGAAUCGCUGCCAAGAAUGACCAGGGCUACGGUCCAGCUACUCAGAUACGCUGGCUGCAAGAUGCGAGUAAACUCAAGCCGUCAGUGACGCAGACAGACACCAGUUGUUCAGCAGCAGAGCCUGACACCACCUGCAGAUGAACUCACCCCUGAUGCCAAACCUCCAGGACCCUCUGCUAUUAUUCCAUAAAGACUUUUAGCAUUUUUAUUUAACCCCUUUGAUGACUGGAAACAGUUUCAGUCCGUUGUGUUUUAUUAAUAGUUUUUUUCUUACAAUGUCAUGGUAUUGUUUAUACUGCAAGCAUUAGCUUUUGAGUGAAGCUGAUUGAGUGCCAGUCCAAUGGGUCAUCAUCACUGUAGAAUGCACAUUUUACUUUAAGACUUUUUUAUAUAUAUUGAGUUCAUAAAUAUAUAUUUUUAUUGCGUUGUAGUUACAAAAAUGAAAUCAAGCCUUAGAGAGAAGUAGCUAAUUUUCUAAUCUCGAAAAAUCAAUGUUGUACACUGCUUAAAAUAGCCUUGUUUAUUUUCAGGAAGAGCAUAAUUGUCAGCAGUUCAUUCAAAAAGCUCCACCAGAGGUCUAUGCAUUUCUGUUAUGCUGUUGUUGUUUUAAAAUGAUUUAGAAGAGCUCUUACUCUUAACUGACUUUAAUAGCUUAACUUUCCUGUGCCUUAUCGCUAUACAUAAUAAUUACAGCAAGAACAAGUAAAAUAUAAUUCAAGAAAUGAUUUAGGACAACAGUUUUGCUAUUAAAAUAUACAUUCAGCAAGCCGGGUUAAAUAUUUAAUGCAUUCAUCAAUUAUACAUGGUAAUAUGUCUACUUUAUUAUUUACCCUAUGCAAUUAAGAUUAUCUAUCAACUGGGGGAUUUUUAAUACCGUUUCCAUAAUUCCUAAUGCAUUAAAGAUGAUUCUGUAUUACGUUCCAUUAGCAUGCCAAUAAUCCACAAGAGUAUUAAUGCCACAGAUUGUGCUCUUUAAAUUAUUUCUAUUCAUACUCGGAUAUCAGAAUCUUCUUUGUAAAGCCGUGUACUGUACUGUAUCCUAUUUAAUUCACCAUUUAUGUUUACAGACCUUUUUUAGCUGUUCCGCAACAUUUCAGUUACAUUUUUAUACUACACUUUCCCAUGAUGGUCUUUUUGUGUAGGCUAAAAAAGGUACUACAAUAAAAUUCACUGUUGUAA